UUAUUAAGACUGACGAUCACUUGAAACCAUUUCUGCAUAUAAUAAAAGACAGUCCCGUCUAUCCCGUAAUCUAUGACCAAAACAAUGUCGUGCUAUCAAUGCCUCCCAUUAUAAACGGCGAUUUUAGUAAAAUAACGCUCAAAACUAAGAAUAUCUUCAUUGAAAUGACUGCAACGGACUUACAUAAAGCUCAACUAGUUUUGGAUACAUUUGUCUCAAUGUUCAGUGAAUAUUGUGAGCAAAAGUUUACUGUUGAAAGUGUUGAAGUGACCCAAUCGGACACAUCUCGGGCUUUAUUACCAGCAUUGAAAUAUCGAGAGGAAACUGUUUCAGUUGAUUAUAUAAACACAAAUUUGGGCAUUAAACAAAAUGCUCAACAGAUUAACAGAUUACUGCAACGAAUGAGUUUAGGCGCUGAAGUAUUGUCGGAUCAGUUGAUUAAAGUGCGAAUCCCUCCCAUCCGUCAGGAUAUACUUCACGCCUGCGAUAUAUUAGAAGACGUGGGAAUUGCUUACGGAUAUAAUAAAAUUGAGUUUACUGUUCCCAAAACCCAAACCAUUGGUCAUCAGUUUUUCAUAAACAAAGUGACCGAUCAGUUGAGAUACGAGAUCGCGAGAUGUGGUUAUACAGAGAUCCUUACAUUUUCUCUCUGCUCUCGCGAUGACAUCGGAGAGAAAAUGAGACGAAAGGAUUCCCUCUCGAAAGCGGUUCACAUAUCGAACCCCAAAACGUAUGACUUUCAAGUCGGACGC